GAGUCCUCCUUGUGAUUUUGCAUCUUUACUUAAAAAAAUGUCACUUCUCCAUCUACCUCCCGAAAUUUUCCAUAAAAUCGUGUCGCUUGUAUUGCCGGAAGGAUUCGAGAGUCUGGCUUUGACCUGCCAAGGAACUCACGCAUUGUGCACACCAUUCCUUGAAGGUCACAAUCAGCUUCGCUCACAAUUCCAUAGACUAGCAUUAGGAUCAUCACAACCGACCAAUACAUUGCUGGAUCUCAUACUACGGAUCGAUAGCGAGCCUAUAAUUGCCCGUUAUAUUAUACACGCAGACUUUGGCUUUGACAGAUACCAUUCUUACAUUCAGGAUGUUUACCGUAGACAUCAUGGACCUCUAAAAAAUCUACUCGCUGAUUCUCCUUAUUUGAAGAAAGCCGGAUUGGACUGGAUGGAGUAUCAUGAGUUAAUCAAAGCUGAUCUUAGAAGGAAUCGGUACUCUAGGAACUAUUCACAACAUGUCACUGCUUUCGUCUUGACACUGCUACCCAACGUCAAGACUCUUGUGCUAUCUCCUUGGCAACCACUCGAAGCCCCCAAAAAGCUUUUCGAGACCAUCCUUGCCGAAAGCAAGCUAUCGACGUUUCCAUGUGAAGCCCCUAGUCUCGCUCAACUUACUAAGAUUAAGAUAUCAACCUACACUAGACUCAAAUUUGACUUGUGGCAAGACUUUCCGUUGUUAGCACUGCCAAAUUUGCGGUCAUACCGCGGCCCCAACUUCGUAGCAAGAGGUGACUUAUCCACUACACACCUGUCUAAGCCCAUAUCGGAUUUCCGUUGCGGCCAGAGUCUCGAAACAGUCUAUCUUAAAAACUGUUGUAUUAAUGACGUAGCCAUUGCCAAUUUCCUCAGACAUGCCCCGCAUCUCCGGAGUUUUAAUUACGACCAUUCGGUUGAAAAGGAAAGCGAUAGUGAGAUCUGGAAUAUUUUCAAAUUCAUAGCAGCAAUCGAGAGCGAGGCAGGAAGUUAUCUCGAGGAGCUUUCUAUCAGAAUUUGUGCGCCAACGUCCACCGAGGACACCUCUCUCAAAGACAGACCAAUAGUUUCAAUCGCCCCUAACAAUUUGUUCAUGCGUGGCUUUAAGUGUCUCCGAAAGCUUGAGUUGCCUUUGGAAAUUGCGAUCUGUGAUCAUGCCGAUGCUGCAUUUCGAGCUAUAAAGUCAAAACGCAUUCUAACGAAUCAAGGACCCAGAAAUUUUGAGAUAUUCAUCAAUGAGCUUUUACCUGCUUCUGUCACCCAUCUAUCGCUAUCAUCAGGUGGAAUAGACAUAGGUGCAAGAAGUAAUAUUAUCAAGGCCAUUGGAAAUCAUUUUGUUGCAGAGCAAUCUAGGUUCCCUUCCGGCAAAGAAAUUCAACUUUUAUUGCCAGGGGAUAAUAGUGCAAUCCAUUUGUACAGAGAGAAUAAUUUAGAGGCUGCUAGAGAGGUCGAGAAUCUAGACGUCAUCCCGGACUCUACAUCAUGUGGUUUCUCUCUCGUCUAUUUCAUUUAGUCGGCGUCGCAAUUAAUUCAUUACCAUCGCUGCUUGUUUAAGAUCCUAUAAAGUACAAUGCAAAAUACUGGUACUAGUACGAUCUUCAGCAAAUUGAGGCGAACAUCGAUUAGACGAAUUUUAGUUGCAGAAAUGAUAGUGUGCGAAGUUCAUUAAGAUGCUCGUAGAUAUGGUAUAAGGCAUCAAGCGAGUGGUUUUCAGGAGAGAAGAGAAGACUGCUCAACUGAUACAGAUCGCUCCUUUAAUGAAGAUUGUGUGAAGUAGCCUUCUGUAUGUAAGAUAUAAGAAUACCCGAUAAAGGGAAACA